UCCUUAAACUUCGUCUAGUGCACCAAACGAUCCAGUUUCUUUCAAGUGUGCCACAGGAUAAGAGUCCUUAUCCAAGGAGGUGUGAAAAAAACCAACAGCUCCAUUCCUCAUGUGCAACUGUGUUGGUGAGUGUGUGCCCUACUAUCAGCACCUGUCGCAGCAGCUGCUCCGAUCGUCCUUGAGUGCUUGAGCCUGUGUGUGGGGAAAAUUUCCUCCAAAGUGUGCGUGUACCACGGAUAAGGGUAGUAAAACGUGUGAACGCCUUCAAGGAAGCGUGUAAACGUGUAUGUGUUUGUGUACGUGCGUGCUUGUGUGUAGAAAAGAAGAAUAAAGGAUAUCGAUUAGAAACCGGCAAAGUAUAACAAAAAAACACGAAAGGGCAAUUACGUUGAACCGUCCUGCCAGCUGGAAGGUGCCGCGUCUUGUGGUUGAUUUUCGGUCAACAGUCUUUGGACAAGCAGUGGGACGACUUUGUCGGGAUAAUUAGUAAAACUCCACUUGCGAUCAUUUGGUGGCUAUCUUACCGAAAGGACAUCCUUGACGUUUCCAUCCGGCCAGUUCAACCGACUCCAUCCGUGACAAAGUACAACCGCAUGCCGUGCAUAUCGACGAAACCUGCAAACACAUCAGCAGUUACUCUGGCCAUCUUGCAUAAAAUUAAUUAAAGCAAUGUACAACAUGAGCGCGGCCAGCAUUCUCGAGCUGCAAACGUGGAUCGUUUACCAGCGCAUAGCUGCCGAGUGUGCGAACUGUUUGUUUAUGACGGAUAAUGCUUUCAAAGCGAAGGAUAUUGGGUUGCGGGCCCAGAAGAAAAUCCUCUCACGGAUGGCAAGCAAAAAUGUUGCCAAAGUAUUCAUCGACGGUACGACCGCAUCCCUGCUGGACAAUGUGUACCGACUGGUGAAAGUACAUACUGGCAGCAAAAAGGAUGCCGAACGGUUGGUGAAAAACAUUAUUAAAAUCGUGAUUAAAAUUGCGGUACUGCAUCGUAACGCACAGCUGAACGCGGAAGAAUUGCGGCAGGCGGAUCGGUUCCGCAUCAAGUUCCAAACGCUGCAAAUGGCAAUUCUGUCCUUCUACGAGGUGGACUACAGCUUUGAUUUGAAUUAUCUGCAGAAAUCGCUGGCAGACUGCCGGAGCCUGUUGCGAUCGUGUGUGGUGCGCCAUCUGACGGACAAAUCGCUUGGCCGCAUUGACGAGGUGUUUGACACGUUCGCGGAUUCCGCCCUGCUCGAGACGGCCUUCCGGCAAGACUCCCCGUACCGGGAGAUAAUGGACAAGAUUGUGGUCGAUCUGAACAAAGCGAUGGAAAAUGGAGACAUUUAAUGCGGCCAUUGUAGCAUUGGACCACCGCAAUGAUCCGCGCCGGAAGUUGGGAGAUCGUAAACAGAUGUCUUUCAUCUGCUGCCAGUAGGGAGAACGAGCUCGAUUGGGUGGAAGGAUUAGCAUUCCUUCCCGGAUAAAAAAUAUCCAUCUUGCACGAGCACCGCAAGGCUUUAGAUUUCUUCAGCAGCAGCAGCAGCAGCAUCAUCAGUAUCACCUAUCCAGCAACUGCCACUAAUCGGCUGAAGCGAUAGAUCACACCAAACAAUGCGCAAAGUCAGAAGUAGUGCAAGAGCUGCUUCAAUGUGUAACUGCUUCAAUCCCAAAUCGAAAACAAACAAAACGAGUCACACAUUUAAGGGAUAGUGGGAUGGGGAAAAGCUAAAUCAUUACAGCUUUUUAUUUAAUGCAACGAUCGUGUUUAAGUUAAGUUACGGUAUAGCACCGUAGUCCUAUAAAAACAAAGUACGCUAAGCCAGCGGUACACAUCCGUGCGGCCGUUACGCACCGGGUAUGAUAGGUUAAGAGAGGUAUGCGUUUCAGGAACAGUAGAAAGAAAACUCAAACAUUGUGCUCUGGGGUCAUGUCCAUAUCAAUUAGACCGACGAUUGGCGAGAUAGGCUUUUGGAAAGUAUUGCCACAAUGUAUUGCCAUUUCCCGAGUGACGUUGAGAACAGCACAAUGAACUUCAUUUUCACUUCAUCUCGCUUGUAUCGCUGAAGCGUUACAAUCCAUUCGGAAUCCUUUGUGCAGGAUGCAAGCGUGUAAAACUGCGUAAGGCACAGAAAACACGUCCAUAUCCCGUACCCGUAGAUGAAACGAACUUAUCUCUACACUUACUGCAAACAGCAAGGCAAAAAAUCCAACACAGAAAGGACCAUUUUUGAGGAACACUUUUCUUGUAGCAGAAAGUCUAUUCUACUCUCUCGCAUCUUUCUACAGCAAUACUAGACUUAUCAUAAAUGCACCGGCGUAGCAGAAUCAGAUCUGAUCUAAAAGAAAACACUUCUACACAGAAACAGGUAUGAAACAUAUGCAUUACAGAAUCACACAAAUGGACACACUCUUCUUGUAGAGGAGCUCCUUGACACAAGAGAGAGAUCGAGCGAGAGUUCCAACAGAAUCGAAAACGGAUACAAAAGGAUUGUUGAAUGUUUCCUAGCGAACCGUGUUGUUGUUUGAGCGAUAUUGAAUGUUAAUUAACAAAUGGUAUGAGCAGAGUAAGAUACUAAACGUUACUAUGUAUGUAGGGAAUGUGAAUUACGUGUGGGAAGGAAAAACAGUUGAUAUUAAUUGAAAUAAAAGAAAACUGACGAUAUUUUGAA